CCGACGUGCUGGUGGACUGAUUUGAGGACCCCAAUCUGCUUACACAGUCGAUAGCGAGCUUCGCGUUGGCCAGGGAGCAGGGAGCAAGCAAGGCAGGGCGCGCACAAGCCUUGCCGCUAAAGCCUAUGUCGAUCCACAUCUAUGACGAUGAUGAUGUAUCCACCUUACUCGAUGCACAAUCACGAGCCUCAAAUGUUUGGUGGGUACUGGCUGGUCGCCCAAUUGACUGCUGUGUGUUUGGUACUCGUUUCCAUGUUCUUGACGCCGCAAAUGUCCACACUUGGAUCAUCGCGCUGCAGCGACGCCGUCGUGCAUACUUAGGUUCGCCCCGCGAGGUGUAUUAUUGUAAUAGGCUCCACUAUCACUUAUGUGCACAUGCGCAAUGUUGA